AUGGCACGAAAAACCACUCCACUAACCAUCACGGAGAUCAAAAAUGCACGACCAGGAGAAAAAGAAUACACCCUGCAGGAUGGCGGAGGAUUGUUUCUUCUGGUGAAGCCCUCCGGAUCAAAAAUCUGGCGCUUUACGUAUUACCGACCAACUGACAAAAAACGAACCAUCGUUAGUCUUGGUCCGCUGAAUGAUGUUUCUCUGUCAGAAGCCAGAGAGCGACGAAACGAAUACAGGGGACUUAUAGCGAAGGGAGUUGACCCACAGGACCACGAACGCCGGAAACGUGAAGCAGAGAGCCGGAAAAAGGGCAACACGUUCGAAAAAGUUGCCUCUGACUGGUACGAGAUGAAAAAAGGCCAGAAUCUCGCUUACAACACGAUUAAGGAUAUCUGGCGAUCCAUGGAAAAAUACGUAUUCCCGUACAUCGGAAAAACGCCAAUAGAUACCCUCACCGCUCGCCGCUUUGUUGAGAUACUCACCCCCAUUAAGGCGCGUGGCAACCUGGAAACCCUGAAACGCGUUUUACAGCGCAUCAAUGAGGUGAUGGAUUUUGCUGCCAACAGUGGUCUGAUUGACAUCAACACCGCCGCGAACGUCCGUAAGGCAUUCCCUACCCCCACCAAAAAGCACAUGCCAACCAUCCGACCGGAACAGCUACCGCAGCUAAUGCACGAUUUAUCGGUCGCCAGCAUAGAACGGCAAACCAGAUUGCUGAUUGAGUGGCAGCUACUGACCGUAGCACGCCCCGCCGAAGCAGCCGCCACACGCUGGGAAGAAAUAAACCUCGAUGCCGAAACCUGGACGAUUCCAGCCGGACGCAUGAAGAUGCGCCGUGACCAUGUGAUCCCCCUUUGUGGUCAGGCUAUGGCUGUACUGGAAACCAUGAAGCCAAUCAGCGCACACAGAGAACACGUUUUUCCCAGCCUUAAAAACCCGAUGCUGCCAAUGAGCAGCCAGACCGCUAACGCCGCAUUGCGCCGGAUGGGUUACGCUGGUGUGCUGGUGUCUCACGGAUUACGCGCCAUAUUCAGCACAGCAGCGAACGAGGAAGGAUUCGAGCCGGACGUAAUCGAGGCCGCGCUCGCACACGUGGACACGAACGAGGUAAGGCGGGCAUAUAACCGAAGUAACUACCUGGAAAAACGCGUAGUACUUAUGCGCUGGUGGGGUGAAUUUGUGGAAGCCGCAGCAACCGGAGUGACCAUAGCCAGUGGUAAAAGGGGUAUCCGUGCGGUGUAA